CCCGUAUUCUGGUUAUUCAUGGAGUGCGAGUAACAAGGACGGGCCUGCUGCUCACUAUAGCAGCGUAACCGGCCCGGCCGCGGAGGUGAACAGAUCCGGUUAGUGUGAAUGGAAGUCAAUGUGGUCGGGCUGGUCGAAAGGAAGGAGCCAAAUCCUUGCUCUGACAACGGUGUGCACUGACUCCCCAGAUCUGCUCGACCAAGCGCCCCGGUUUCACAACCCCGACCUUCCUGUGCUGACAUGCCGGGUGCAUUUAGCGAGAGCGGGUGAUUUGUUUGCGAAGACGAAUGCGAGUGAGCGCAAAGGAUGGUUAUUUGAAAUUGCAUGUGAGAUGGGUGGAAGUGAGAUUGUCACUCGGAUUGUCACUGUAGUGUGAAAGAAUAGGAAGAGAUGUGCAGCGCGUUGGAG